AUGUUGCUAACUAGUAGCAUUCAUUGCUAUGCGGACGACAGCACUGGUGAUGCCUUAUAUACCGGCCGUGCUAAUAUUUCUCGGGAAAACGUCGCCGAGUACCCGGACAAACUUGUGUCUGAAGUCGAGUAUUUGCUUUACAAAGUCUCGGAAUGGGGCCGACUAAAUCUAGUUCAGUUCAAUCCCCAGAAGACACAAUUUUGCACGUUUACCGCUAAAAAGAACCCCUUUGUCGUAUCUCCUCAGUUUAAAGGCACUCCCCUUGCUGCCUCAGCUAAGCGUGAAAGCUUUGCUGAAUUUAGAAAAAAACAUCUUUCGUUUUCUAAGUUUAAUUGCCUUAAUAAAUCUUUCUAG